AUGGCUGCGCCGGUGAAGGCACAUCCAAUACCGCCGCCCCGUGGCAACGGCCUCGAGCGGGAGGCUGUCCAGACUGCCUGGAAGGCGAAGGAGCUUCAGCGCGAGGCCGGCAAAGUCGAGGCCAGGGGUGCGGAGCGGUUGGUGCUGGCACAAGAGCGCUACCAAGCCUUCCGUGCCCAGCAGCAGAAGGCACGAGAGGCUGCAGCAGAAGCGCUGCGCCGCGACAUAUCCCGCGCCCAGGAGCACCUGUGGAGAACGCAGCUGAACACCGAAGAGUCCUUGCAAGACCUAGACACGCAGCGCCAGAGCUGGGAGGAGGAGGAGAAAGACUCCAAGGUGGCACGUCAGAAAGCACAGCAACGCGUUUACACCGCGCGCGAGAACGUAGAUGCAUAUGCGGCCCAAGCAGAUGCCGAGGCCGAUGCAGCUGCCCAAGCAGCCGAGCAGGCAGAAGUCUUCUGGCCAGCAGAUGCCAGUAAAGACGUCACCUGUGCUUACUGCGAUGGUCGCGUCCUCGAAAGGCUCGUGUUCGUCGCGGAAAGCCCGGAUGGCCAACGGGACCUGAUUUGUCAACGGUGUUCGCAGGUGCAGCCAGGGCAGCUUAUCUCCUCGAAGCCGGGCCGAGGAGGUGUGGGGUGGUUGAGAUUCGACGGCGAGGAGCGGCCUCCCUACCGGCCAUGCCCGAUGGAAGUCGAGGAGCAGCUGCAGCUCUGCGCCAGACUCCUGCAGUCUCUGCAGCCUCAGAGAAGGCCUUCCCUCCUACGGCGGCCCUCAGCGGAAAGCCGUUCGAAACCUGCCCUGAGUCUCUUCAAGGUCUCCUUCGAAGGCGUGCGCAAAGUCGUCGAAGCCGAGGCAUUGAGCCAAAAAGAGGCAAAAACGGAACUUUUCUGGAGCUCCGAACGGCUGCAGAGCCUCGUCUGUGCCAGCUGCGACAGUCUAUGCAGGGCAGACAAGGGCUUCGUAGUCGAGUCCUACGAUGGACGUAUGGACAUGAUUUGUCCCUCUUGUUCCAGCGACUGGCCUCGUCAUCUCCUUUCUUCAGUCCCAGGAGUUGGUGCUGGCUGGCUGAAGCUUCGGCACGAGCAAACGCCGGGGCUCCACCGCGCAGUUCCCGAUGCUGACACCGAAGAUGCUGUGACCGUGACAGAAACGGAAACUGAAGACGAGACGGAACCCGAGAACGAGAGCACCGAGGAGUCGGUUUCGCUCUUGUGGGAGGUCGAGGGCUCAAAGGCCGCGGCGAAGGCAGCAGUGGCUGCACACCGAGACGAUCGAAGCAGAUUCCAGGACCACACCAGCAAGGAUCUGGCAGCCAAGAAGGAGCAGGCCGAGUCCUUCGUCGAAGAUGUCAUAGCCAAGACGAAGUCUUGCAUGCGUCAAAUGGAAACCGAGCGGCACCAUGCGGCCAUGCACGUGGACCUCGUGGCAGAGAGGCACCAGGCCACCAAAACAGAGGCUCAGGCCCGCAUGAAGCUGCAUGAGGAGAAGUCGAAGAAGCAAGUCAAGGAGCUUGAGCACAUGACGCACCAGCUUCGUCUUCGGAGCGAUGAGGCACUGGCUGAGAAAAUGGCAGGGACACAGCGGGAGCUGACGAGCGCAAAGGCCUUCUGUGCGCAGGUGCAGACGGACAUGGAAGAGGCCAUCCGUAGCACCAAGCUGGCGGCAAUGAAGAUCGAGGCAGAAGCGGCAGCAAACACCUUCGAAGAGCAGAGAAAGCUGCAAGACUUGGAGAACAAUGCUUUGCAAAGCUUCAAAGGAAGCCUUGAGGAAGCACAAGGCGCUUGGGACGAAACCGCUUCGCGGCGUAAAGCCCUGCAGGAGGAGCUUGAUGAGAUCCAUGCCCAGUACCAAAAGCUGCACGACGACACGCGAUCCAAGAUGACUUCGAUCAUGGCUCAGUGGAACGAGAGCCGUGAAGCCAUGGAGAAAUCCAUUGCUGACUUCGAGGUAAAGCGGAAGGACGCCUUCGAAGAGCUGGAAGUCGUCAUGCAGAGAACCAAGGAGAAACACCAGGUGCAAAAUCAGGCCAUACGGCAGAAUUGCGUCCACGCCGUGACUGAGAAUGACGCAGUCCCGGCUGUUGCCAACGGUGCUGCUGGCCGCCUCGUCAUGGCUCCUGAUCUCGCUCUUCGGACCUCCUUCCUGACGGGCACUUCUCCAGCGGGAUCUUCUCGCCAGAGCCGAACUGCCAUGCGAGGGUUCAAGGAUGACUUCUACGCAUGGAAGGAUUCUUUGAGCAAGGAUGAGCAGGCCCUGAUCCUGAAGCAGGCCCAGAACGAGUUCGACAAGAAGUUCCGCAAGAGCGACGAGUUCAGCCAGGACCUCCCUGAGGAGAAGAUCCAGUCCUUUGCCAAGGUCCUCAAGAAAUUCUUCGACAACGAAAAGGAUGACUACAAGAAGGACGCCGACCAGAGGACGCCCGACUACGAUGCGCUGAAGAACAAGGCGGCGCUGGUCUCCUACGACUUCGGCCUGAAGCGACGCAUCGUGGAGAUCGAUCGUGACGCCGACCGCCGCUGGAUGUACGCAUCGAUGACGGCUCGCGCGGAAGAGGCCGAGGGCAAGACCCCCUCGGACAGCGCCCCUUUCGAGGAUUUGUACAAGUUCUCCAAGGAGACCGCAGAGACCGUCCACAAGUUCCUCGCCGAGGCCAACAGCGCUUCCAGCGCCCCGGCCGGCCUGAAGAAAGAUAUCGAGAAAGUUCUUAAAGAGAACCCGCCCUCGGACGACUUCAAGGUGCGCUUCCCUCGCGUGCUGCACGAGCGCUUGGCCAAGAAGAUGGGCUCCUUGCAGAGGGAGAUCGAGGACUUCGCCGCGAACCACUCCGAGGCGGAGACCAAGGAGUUCAAGACCCGAACGGCGCCGGAGGAGCUCCUGAAGACCGCUGCCGAGGUCAUCAAGCCUUACUAUGAGGCCCGCGAGGCCAACGAGAAGAAGGUCCAGAAUCUCAAGGCCUUCUUCGGCUCCCAGAAGGACGCGCCCGGCAAGACGAAGGCGGACAUCGUCAAGGAGAUCUUCAAGGUGAUGCCGAAGUUUUCGGACACUCCGCUGCCGCCUUUGGACGAGGAGAUGCUGGCCGACCUGGCCAAGAUCCCUGCCAAACUCGAUGGCGAGUUCAAGCACAGCUGGGGUACCGCGGAGAAGCUCUACAAGUCCGAGGCCAUCGACUCCUUCGGCAACAAGUACCUCCUUGGUGUCUACGAGACCGUGAAGGAGGCCGAGAAGGCUUUCGACGAGUGGAACAAGGAGUACGAGCAAGCCGGUGCUGAUGUCCAGGAGUCCCUCAGUGGCUGGGCCAAGCAGCAGGAAGCAGCGCUUGCCGAAGACCAGGAUGAGGUGGACCGCCUCCGCAAGGCGCUCGAGGAGGGCGGGAACGGGCCCCGUCGGGCAGACAUUGUUGUGGCCGGGUUUGAAGCAAAGGGGUGCAAGGAAGAGUCGGAGAAGGUCGUUUUCGCUACGUACGAGGCCGCCGUGGAUGCUGCACGUGCGGAGGAGGCAGCUGCCGCUGCUGCGCUUGCAGAGGCGCAGAGAUGGAAGGAUCAAAUACCGGGCCUGGAAGGAGAGGCUGAUGCGGAGAUCGAAGCCUUUCUGGCCGAGGCGGCAGUGCAGGAGGAGCAGCUGCGACGGGACUCCGAAGCACAAGUGAACCUGUCGAAGCGGCUCACGCUAACAGCUCACGAAGAGGAGAAGGUCUACAUUGCUGAAACCUCUGCUGCCUGGGCUCGGGUGCGGAAGGCCUGUUAUCAGCUGCGCUUGGCGAGUCUACAUGACUUCGCGAAAGGCAUUGCUUCGGGCGGCUUCGACCAGAAGCUGAAAAUGGCCUUCCUGUUCCGUUUCAGUCAGAGGGAAGAAGACCUUCGCUCUGAAGCCUUCGUCCCUAGCUCUUCCUGUGGGAAGCAUGGGGAGAAAUGGUCAGGGAUGACGCAGUCUCGGCUUUUGCCAACGGUGCUGUUGGCCGCCUCAUCAUGGCUCCUGAUCUCGCUCUUCGGUUCCCAGCAGACGUCCUUCCUCACGGGCACUUCGCCAGCGACAUCCUCUCGUCAGAGCCGAACCGCCAUGCGAGGCUUCAAGGAUGACUUCUAUGCAUGGAAGGAUUCUUUGAGCAAGGAUGAGCAGGCCCUGAUCCUGAAGCAGGCCCAGAACGAGUUCGACAAGAAGUUCCGCAAGAGCGACGAGUUCAGCCAGGACCUCCCUGAGGAGAAGAUCCAGUCCUUUGCCAAGGUCCUCAAGAAGUUCUUCGACAACGAAAAGGACGACUACAAGAAGGACGCCGACCAGAGGACGCCCGACUACGAUGCGCUGAAGAACAAGGCGGCGCUGGUCUCCUACGACUUCGGCCUGAAGCGACGCAUCGUGGAGAUCGAUCGUGACGCCGACCGCCGCUGGAUGUACGCAUCGAUGACGGCUCGCGCAGAAGAGGCCGAGGGCAAGACCCCCUCGGACAGCGCCCCUUUCGAGGAUUUGUACAAGUUCUCCAAGGAGACCGCAGAGACCGUCCACAAGUUCCUCGCGGAGGCCAACAGCGCUUCCAGCGCUCCGGCCGGCCUGAAGAAAGAUAUCGAGAAGGUUCUUAAAGAGAACCCGCCCUCGGACGACUUCAAGGUGCGCUUCCCUCGCGUUCUGCACGAGCGCUUGGCCAAGAAGAUGGGCUCCUUGCAGAGGGAGAUCGAGGACUUCGCCGCGAACCACUCCGAGGCCGAGACCAAGGAGUUCAAGACCCGAACGGCGCCGGAGGAGCUCCUGAAGACCGCUGCCGAGGUCAUCAAGCCUUACUAUGAGGCCCGCGAGGCCAACGAGAAGAAGGUCCAGAACCUGAAAGCCUUCUUCCGUUCCCAGAAGGACGCGGACAUCGUCAAGGAGAUCUUCAAGGUGAUGCCGAAGUUUUCGGACACUCCGCUGCCGCCUUUGGACGAGGAGAUGCUGGCCGACCUGGCCAAGAUCCCUGCCAAACUCGAUGGCGAGUUCAAGCACAGCUGGGGUACCGCGGAGAAGCUUUACAAGUCCGAGGCCAUCGACUCCUUCGGCAACAAGUACCUCCUUGGUGUCUACGAGACCGUGAAGGAGGCCGAGAAGGCCUUCGACGAGUGGAACAAGGAGUACGAGCAGGCAGGGGCUGACGUGCAGGAGUCGCUGAGCGGGUGGGCCAAGCAGCAGGAGGCAGCGCUCGCCGAAGACCAGGACGAGGUGGACCGCCUCCGAAAGGCCCUCGAGGCUUGCUGUGAGAUUCUCUGGGCGUAUCACCAUCCGUCAAAUCAGGAAAGCGUUGCCCAAGUGCCCGGAAUGACGCAGUCCCGGCUGUUGCCAACGGUGCUGCUGGCCGCCUCGUCAUGGCUUCUGAUCUCGCUCUUCGGUUCCCAGCAGACCUCCUUCCUGACGGGCACUUCUCCAGCGACAUCUUCUCGCCAGAGCCGAACUGCCAUGCGAGGCUUCAAGGAUGACUUCUACGCAUGGAAGGAUUCUUUGAGCAAGGAUGAGCAGGCCCUGAUCCUGAAGCAGGCCCAGAACGAGUUCGACAAGAAGUUCCGCAAGAGCGACGAGUUCAGCCAGGACCUCCCUGAGGAGAAGAUCCAGUCCUUUGCCAAGGUCCUCAAGAAGUUCUUCGAUAACGAGAAGGAUGACUACAAGAAGGACGCCGACCAGAGGACGCCCGACUACGAUGCGCUGAAGAACAAGGCGGCGCUGGUCUCCUACGACUUCGGCCUGAAGCGACGCAUCGUGGAGAUCGAUCGUGACGCCGACCGCCGCUGGAUGUACGCAUCGAUGACGGCUCGCGCGGAAGAGGCCGAGGGCAAGACCCCCUCGGACAGCGCCCCUUUCGAGGAUUUGUACAAGUUCUCCAAGGAGACCGCAGAGACCGUCCACAAGUUCCUCGCCGAGGCCAACAGCGCUUCCAGCGCCCCGGCCGGCCUGAAGAAAGAUAUCGAGAAGGUUCUUAAAGAGAACCCGCCCGCGGACGACUUCAAGGUGCGCUUCCCUCGCGUUCUGCACGAGCGCUUGGCCAAGAAGAUGGGCUCCUUGCAGAGGGAGAUCGAGGACUUCGCCGCGAACCACUCCGAGGCCGAGACCAAGGAGUUCAAGACCCGAACGGCGCCGGAGGAGCUCCUGAAGACCGCUGCCGAGGUCAUCAAGCCUUACUAUGAGGCCCGCGAGGCCAACGAGAAGAAGGUCCAGAAUCUCAAGGCCUUCUUCCGCUCCCAGAAGGACGCGCCCGGCAAGACGAAGGCGGACAUCGUCAAGGAGAUCUUCAAGGUGAUGCCGAAGUUUUCGGACACUCCGCUGCCGCCUUUGGACGAGGAGAUGCUGGCCGACCUGGCCAAGAUCCCUGCCAAACUCGAUGGCGAGUUCAAGCACAGCUGGGGUACCGCGGAGAAGCUCUACAAGUCCGAGGCCAUCGACUCCUUCGGCAACAAGUACCUCCUUGGUGUCUACGAGACCGUGAAGGAGGCCGAGAAGGCCUUCGACGAGUGGAACAAGGAGUACGAGCAAGCCGGCGCUGAUGUCCAGGAGUCGCUCAGUGGCUGGGCCAAGCAGCAGGAGGCGGCUCUCGCCGAAGACCAGGACGAGGUGGACCGUCUCCGCAAGGCUCUUGAGGAGGCGCGAAUGACGCAGUCCCGGCUCUUGCCAACGGUGCUGCUGGCCGCCUCGUCGUGGCUCCUCAUCUCGCUCUUCGGUUCCCAGCAGACGUCCUUCCUGACGGGCACUUCUCCAGCGACAUCUUCUCGCCAGAGCCGAACUGCCAUGCGAGGGUUCAAGGAUGACUUCUAUGCAUGGAAGGAUUCUUUGAGCAAGGAUGAGCAGGCCCUGAUCCUGAAGCAGGCCCAGAACGAGUUCGACAAGAAGUUCCGCAAGAGCGACGAGUUCAGCCAGGACCUCCCCGAGGAGAAGAUCCAGUCCUUUGCCAAGGUCCUCAAGAAGUUCUUCGAUAACGAGAAGGAUGACUACAAGAAGGACGCCGACCAGAGGACGCCCGACUACGAUGCGCUGAAGAACAAGGCGGCGCUGGUCUCCUACGACUUCGGCCUGAAGCGACGCAUCGUGGAGAUCGAUCGUGACGCCGACCGCCGCUGGAUGUACGCAUCGAUGACGGCUCGCGCGGAAGAGGCCGAGGGCAAGACCCCCUCGGACAGCGCCCCUUUCGAGGAUUUGUACAAGUUCUCCAAGGAGACCGCAGAGACCGUCCACAAGUUCCUCGCCGAGGCCAACAGCGCUUCCAGCGCCCCGGCCGGCCUGAAGAAAGAUAUCGAGAAGGUUCUUAAAGAGAACCCGCCCUCGGACGACUUCAAGGUGCGCUUCCCUCGCGUGCUGCACGAGCGCUUGGCCAAGAAGAUGGGCUCCUUGCAGAGGGACCCCGAGAUCGAGGACUUCGCCGCGAACCACUCCGAGGCCGAGACCAAGGAGUUCAAGACCCGAACGGCGCCGGAGGAGCUCCUGAAGACCGCUGCCGAGGUCAUCAAGCCUUACUAUGAGGCCCGCGAGGCCAACGAGAAGAAGGUCCAGAACCUGAAAGCCUUCUUCCGCUCCCAGAAGGACGCGGACAUCGUCAAGGAGAUCUUCAAGGUGAUGCCGAAGUUUUCGGACACUCCGCUGCCGCCUUUGGACGAGGAGAUGCUGGCCGACCUGGCCAAGAUCCCUGCCAAACUCGAUGGCGAGUUCAAGCACAGCUGGGGUACCGCGGAGAAGCUUUACAAGUCCGAGGCCAUCGACUCCUUCGGCAACAAGUACCUCCUUGGUGUCUACGAGACCGUGAAGGAGGCCGAGAAGGCCUUCGACGAGUGGAACAAGGAGUACGAGCAGGCUGGGGCUGACGUCCAGGAGUCGCUGAGCGGCUGGGCCAAGCAGCAAGAGGCGGCGCUCGCCGAAGACCAGGACGAGGUGGACCGCCUGCGCAAGGCGCUCGAGGAGGCGCGCAUGACUCAGUCCCGGCUGUUGCCCACAGUGCUGCUGGCAGCCUCAUGCUGGCUCCUGAUCUCUCUCUUCGGUUCCCAGCAGACCUCCUUCCUGACUGGCACUUCUCCAGCGGCAUCCUCUCGUCAGAGCCGAACUGCCAUGCGAGGCUUCAAGGAUGACUUCUACGCAUGGAAGGAUUCCUUGAGCAAGGAUGAGCAGGCCCUGAUCCUGAAGCAGGCCCAGAACGAGUUCGACAAGAAGUUCCGCAAGAGCGACGAGUUCAGCCAGGACCUCCCUGAGGAGAAGAUCCAGUCCUUUGCCAAGGUCCUCAAGAAGUUCUUCGACAACGAGAAGGAUGACUACAAGAAGGACGCCGACCAGAGGACGCCCGACUACGAUGCACUGAAGAACAAGGCGGCGCUGGUCUCCUACGACUUCGGCCUGAAGCGACGCAUCGUGGAGAUCGAUCGUGACGCCGACCGCCGCUGGAUGUAUGCAUCUAUGACGGCUCGCGCAGAAGAGGCCGAGGGCAAGACCCCCUCGGACAGCGCCCCUUUCGAGGAUUUGUACAAGUUCUCCAAGGAGACCGCAGAGACCGUCCACAAGUUCCUCGCCGAGGCCAACAGCGCUUCCAGCGCUCCGGCCGGCCUGAAGAAAGAUAUCGAGAAGGUUCUUAAAGAGAACCCGCCCUCGGACGACUUCAAGGUGCGCUUCCCUCGCGUUCUGCACGAGCGCUUGGCCAAGAAGAUGGGCUCCUUGCAGAGGGAGAUCGAGGACUUCGCCGCGAACCACUCCGAGGCCGAGACCAAGGAGUUCAAGACCCGAACGGCGCCGGAGGAGCUCCUGAAGACCGCUGCCGAGGUCAUCAAGCCUUACUAUGAGGCCCGCGAGGCCAACGAGAAGAAGGUUCAGAACCUCAAGGCCUUCUUCCGCUCCCAGAAGGACGCGCCCGGCAAGACGAAGGCGGACAUCGUCAAGGAGAUCUUCAAGGUGAUGCCGAAGUUUUCGGACACUCCGCUGCCGCCUUUGGACGAGGAGAUGCUGGCCGACCUGGCCAAGAUCCCUGCCAAACUCGAUGGCGAGUUCAAGCACAGCUGGGGAACCGCGGAGAAGCUCUACAAGUCCGAGGCCAUCGACUCCUUCGGCAACAAGUACCUCCUUGGUGUCUACGAGACCGUGAAGGAGGCAGAGAAGGCCUUCGACGAGUGGAACAAGGAGUACGAGCAGGCUGGGGCUGACGUCCAGGAGUCGCUGAGCGGCUGGGCCAAGCAGCAAGAGGCGGCGCUCGCCGAAGACCAGGACGAGGUGGACCGCCUGCGCAAGGCGCUCGAGGAGGCGCGCAUGACUCAGUCCCGGCUGUUGCCCACAGUGCUGCUGGCCGCCUCAUCCUGGCUCCUGAUCUCGCUCUUCGGUUCCCAGCAGACCUCCUUCCUGACUGGCACUUCCCCGGCGGCAUCCUCUCGUCAGAGCCGAACUGCCAUGCGAGGCUUCAAGGAUGACUUCUACGCAUGGAAGGAUUCCUUGAGCAAGGAUGAGCAGGCCCUGAUCCUGAAGCAGGCCCAGAACGAGUUCGACAAGAAGUUCCGCAAGAGCGACGAGUUCAGCCAGGACCUCCCUGAGGAGAAGAUCCAGUCCUUUGCCAAGGUCCUCAAGAAGUUCUUCGACAACGAGAAGGAUGACUACAAGAAGGACGCCGACCAGAGGACGCCCGACUACGAUGCGCUGAAGAACAAAGCGGCGCUGGUUUCCUACGACUUCGGCCUGAAGCGACGCAUCGUGGAGAUCGAUCGUGACGCCGACCGCCGCUGGAUGUAUGCAUCGAUGACGGCUCGCGCAGAAGAGGCCGAGGGCAAGACCCCCUCGGACAGCGCCCCUUUCGAGGAUUUGUACAAGUUCUCCAAGGAGACCGCAGAGACUGUCCACAAGUUCCUCGCCGAGGCCAACAGCGCUUCCAGCGCCCCGGCCGGCCUGAAGAAAGAUAUCGAGAAGGUUCUUAAAGAGAACCCGCCCUCGGACGACUUCAAGGUGCGCUUCCCUCGCGUUCUGCACGAGCGCUUGGCCAAGAAGAUGGGCUCCUUGCAGAGGGAGAUCGAGGACUUCGCCGCGAACCACUCCGAGGCUGAGACCAAGGAGUUCAAGACCCGAACGGCGCCGGAGGAGCUCCUGAAGACCGCUGCCGAGGUCAUCAAGCCUUACUAUGAGGCCCGCGAGGCCAACGAGAAGAAGGUCCAGAAUCUCAAGGCCUUCUUCCGCUCCCAGAAGGACGCGGACAUCGUCAAGGAGAUCUUCAAGGUGAUGCCGAAGUUUUCGGACACUCCGCUGCCGCCUUUGGACGAGGAGAUGCUGGCCGACCUGGCCAAGAUCCCUGCCAAACUCGAUGGCGAGUUCAAGCACAGCUGGGGAACUGCAGAGAAGCUCUACAAGUCCGAGGCCAUCGACUCCUUCGGCAACAAGUACCUCCUUGGUGUCUAUGAGACUGUGAAGGAGGCCGAGAAGGCCUUCGACGAGUGGAACAAGGAGUACGAGCAGGCUGGGGCUGACGUCCAGGAGUCGCUGAGCGGCUGGGCCAAGCAGCAAGAGGCGGCGCUCGCCGAAGACCAGGACGAAGUGGACCGCCUGCGCAAGGCGCUCGAGGAGGCGCGCCGCUGA